AUGUAUCUAUAUUGUGCUCUUGGAGAGUUUUUAGUAACCCAAUGUAAUGAAAUAUAUUAUGCAGCCUACAGUAAUGAAUGGUACUCCGUGGAUACAAAAAUUGCACAAGACUUAUUGUUUUUGUUAAUAAGAGGUGCCGAACCGAUUUAUCUCACUGCUGGAAAAAUGUUCCCCAUGACAAUAACAACAUUUUGCAGUCCAUUUCCAAGCUGGGAAUAUAACAUACGUACAGCCGCUUUUUCCAACAGCAUGAUCAAUUUGCAACUUUUUAUUCGCAAAUGUCUCACGCGAAGUUCUUGCAAAUUUGAUGAAAAUUUGAAACAAAAGUUAACGCAGAUUUAA